GCUGCUUCGGGGUGAACUUUUCGGUAAAGAAGGUACUCAACCUUCCUGUCAAUACGUGAUAUGGAAAUUCAUCUGGAUACAACAUCUGGUUGAGCGUGUCGUCUCCGUCUUCUGGGUUCCAGACGUUAGGGUCGUUCACCGAAGUGCUGAUAUGCACUGUGGUAUUGGCGCUCCAAAAUCAGUCCGACGUCAUCACCACAGUGAUAUGCGGCAUGUCCGGCACAACCGUCAUCUGCUGCCCAGUCCCAAUCACAUUUGGACGUCCGCUACGAUUAGAGGAGCGAUGGGAAGAGGAGCAACUCGACGAACUAUUUGGUCCGCCGCAGAUACAAACCGUGGAGUUCUUCUUCCCGGAGAGCCCAUCACCUGCGCCCGAAUACGUAGUUAUACCGGUGGACUUCGGAGAUCUCCCUUCGAACUACCUCUCAACUCGGCUCUGCAUCAUCGACUUUGACCAUGCCUUCUCAGCCGAAAACGCGCCCAAACAGCUCUCUCACAUCCCCUACCAUUACCUCGCCCCUGAAAACAUCUUCACCCUGGCCAAUGGGCCGCCCGCCGACGUCUGGGCCCUGGGUUGCAUCUUGUUCGAGCUGAGAGAUUCAAUAACCCUCUUUGAUGGCUUCUUCGGCAGCUCUCCGCUGUCUACAGAAUCAAGGAUGUGUGAGGUACUGGGAAGCCUACCCCAAGAGUGGAUGGCGUUACCAUUCGAGCAUGGAUAUCCCGUUCAUGAGCCUCUGCAACCCGGCAUCGAAUACAGAACCGUUGGCGACUGGACUGAACGCCAUGGGUUCACGCUUGAUACCGAGGUGGGUCGAAUUCGCGAGCCGCGGAGGCCGGCGAGCGUCAGCAAGACAGCCAGUGGGAGGGAGUGGCUUUGUCUGCAUGUUCCGGCCUUCUGGGAUCCCGCCAAGCGGGAGGAAUUCUAUGCUCGGUACUUGAAGCCUCUUGGCAAGGAGGACGCGGCGCUCUUCACCGAUCUCCUCUCCAAGGUGUUCAACUACAACCCCCAGACGCGCAUCACGACAAGACAAAUUCUGACGCACCCGUUGCUGAAGGGAACAAGCCAGGCGGAACCUUCCAAUGCCGGAUCAGCAGCGUCAUCGGCGCAAAGUCUGCCUGUUCGACCUAAACCUCACACCCCGAGAGAGGUCCGGAAGGAGGAGCGGGAGCCCGAAAGGGAUGUUUCAAGGGCCCAAGCACAGCGGGAAUAA